ACCGCCUGUGAUGUCAUCUGGCGGAAGAUCUCUCGUGGCCCUGGGUGCGGGUUGAGUGUGUAACGGAGGAGGGCAUUUGACAGCUUGCCAGGGGGGUGAAAAAAAACAGCGGAUAUAAAAACCAGACCAGCUGGAUUUUCAAAAGCAGAUCGUCACAUACGCGCAGAGGGAGGGUGCGCUGCCCGGGUUUUGUGUUACCAAUUCCGUGCCAAUGACAAUGUAGCCUAUGGACUGGCCGUGUUAACAUUAUAGUAGGCUUUUUUUUUCUUUUAGAUACCAUUUAAUAAUUAAUUAUUAUCAUUUUAGAUUCGACCCCCCUCUUGGGUCUGCACCGUACGUAAAUGUGGCCAUGAAUUCGGCAGAGCAGACGGUAACAUGGCUCAUAACGCUGGGGGUCCUGGAGUCCCCGAAGAAGACCAUCUCGGAUCCCGAAGGCUUCCUGCAGUCCUCGCUCAGAGACGGGGUGGUGCUCUGCAAGCUGCUCGAGCGGCUGCGCCCGGGCUCCAUCGACAAAAUCCACCAGGAACCCAGGACCGACGGCGAGCGCUUGGAAAACAUCAGGGAGUUCCUCAAGGGCUGCCUCUCUUUUCGCAUCGAGACGUUUGAGGCCAGUGAUCUGCUGCAGGGCCAGAACUUCGGCAGGGUGCUGAGUUCGCUAGUGACGCUCAACAAAGUGACUGCAGACAUCGGUGUGGGCAGUGACUCAGUCUGCACACGCUACUCCUCCUCGCACCGCAUCAAGUCCUUUGAUUCGCUCGGCUUACAGUCGUCCCUUGGCCGUUCCUCCAGACUCUUCCAGAACCAGUACCGCAGCCUGGACAUGACGGAGAACAGCAGCUGCCAGGUGGUGGUGAAGGCACGCUUUAACUUCCAGCAGACCAAUGAGGAUGAGCUGUCUUUCACCAAGGGUGACGUCAUUCACGUGACACGCAUGGAAGAGGGAGGCUGGUGGGAGGGCACCCUCAAUGGCAAGACUGGAUGGUUCCCCAGCAACUACGUCCGGGAGGUCAAGGGCAGUGGGACCUCCAAAGAAAAACCGGUUUCCCCCAAAUCCGGAACGUUGAAAAGCCCUCCAAAAGGCCUGGACACCGCUGCCAUCAGCAAAACCUACUAUAACUUGGUAGUCCAGAACAUUCUAGAAACGGAGAGUGAGUAUUCCAAGGAGCUUCAGAACCUUCUGUCCAAUUACCUGCGCCCACUACAGAACAUGGAGAAGAUCAGCAUCUCCAAAAUUGCUCACAUCAUGGGCAACCUCGAGGAGAUCAGCACCUUCCAGCAGAUGUUGGUCCAGUCUCUGGAGGACUGCACGAAGCUUCCGGAGAAUCAGCAAAGACUCGGUGGAUUCUUCCUUAGCCUGAUCCCCCAGAUGAGGAACCUGUAUGUGGCGUACUGCUCGAACCACCCGUCUGCUGUCAGUGUCCUCACAGAGCACAGUGACGAGCUGGCGGAGUUCAUGGAGGCUCACGGUGCCAGCUGUCCUGGAAUCCUCACACUCACCACGGGUCUCAGCAAGCCCUUCAUGCGCUUGGAUAAGUACCCUACCCUGCUGAAGGAGCUGGAGAGGCACAUGGAGGAGCACCACCCUGAUCGGCCAGAUAUUCAGAAGUGCAUGACGGUGUUUAAGAGCCUCUCGGCACAGUGCCAGGAAGUGCGGAAGCGGAAGGAGCUGGAGCUGCAGAUCCUGAGCGAGUCAAUCCGCUGCUGGGAAGGUGAGGACAUCAGGACGCUGGGUGCAGUCCUCCACAUGUCCCAGGUUACGGUCCACAACUAUGGAAAUGAGGAGAGGGGUGAGCGCUACCUUUUGCUUUUCCCUCAUGUGCUCCUCAUGCUGUCAGCCAGUCCCAGGAUGAGCGGCUUCAUUUACCAGGGUAAACUGCCAUUAACGGGCAUGUCGGUGUCCAAGAUAGAAGACUGUGAAGCUCUCAAAGAUGCCUUUGAGAUAUCUGGAAACAUGAUUGAGAAGAUCCAGGUGGUGUGCAACAGCCCACAGGAUCUCCAGGACUGGUUGGAUCACCUGCAGCGACAGACCAAGCUGGUUUCCAUGGCUACGCCUAACAUGAGACCGUCCCCGAUUCCCUGCCACACUCUUCCCUCACACCCCGGAACCCCGUCCAGGCAUUCUGAGACCCGGGGUGGAACAGUGGCCCCGGCCUACCAUACGUUGCCACACCCCUCAUCACAUGGGUCGCCCCACAGCAGCCCUGUGUGGGGGCCCUUGGAGCCCCCCAAGACCCCUAAACCUUGGAGUCUCAGCUGUUUGCGGCCGGCGCCCCCCCUGAAGCCUUCUGCCGCACUCUGCUACAAGGAGGAUCUUAGCAAAAGUCCCAAAAGCAUGAAGAAGCUGCUUCCCAAACGCAAGCCGGAGAGGAAGCCGUCGGAUGAAGAAUUUGCACAAAGGAAGAGUACUGCAGCACUGGAGGAAGAUGCCCAGAUCCUGAAGGUAAUUGAGGCCUACUGCACCAGCGCCAAGACUCGCCAGACUCUCAACUCAAGAAAUAGGAAGGAAUCGGGACCUCACGUGCUGCUUCCAGAGGAAGAGAAGAUUAUCGUGGAAGGGGUCAGCAGCAAUGGACAGACCGUGGUCGAGGAGAAGAGCCUUGUGGACACAGUUUAUGCGCUAAAGGAUGAAGUGCAGGAGCUGAAACAGGACAACAAGAUAAUGAAGAGAACGCUGGAGGAGGAGCAGAGAGCUCGGAAGGAGCUUGAGAAGAUCGUCAGGAAAGUUCUGAAGAGCAUGAAUGACCCCUCCUGGGAUGAGACCAAUUUUGCAAGUGGAAGAGGACCAUUUUCAGGAGACAUCACGAAUCAGGAGGCUGCUCCAUCGGUGCGAGGCUCAGUCGGGCCUUCUCUCGAGGUGGGGGGGUCGCACUGGAAUCGCAGGACCCCAAAGCUGUGAUGGACUGCAGUGGAACCCCUGAGGGACUGUGGAAUGGGUCACUGAGCAGAAGGCGGAGCCCUGUGGUUAAGUAUCCAGAGAUCCCCCAUAAUGCCCAGCACUUCUCCAGCCCUGCUUAUAUCCUGCCUUCUAACUCUUCCAGUUUUUCAGUAAUUGGUCUCUGCAGAGCAUUUGUAAUGUACACAAAGAAGGCACCCUGUUUAACGGUCAGUCACCUGUAAAGAAGAUGUAGAACACUGAGGACAUUGAAGAGGAAGAUCAGUGCCUUCAUCCCGGCUAGAAGGAAGAGGUCUUCCUUAGCCCUGUCGUCUCGAAUGCCCUCAUCUUGGAGGAACACAAGACUCAGACAUUUACCUUUUUUAAUUUUACUUUUGUCAGGAUGUUUUUGCUCAGCCAGAAACAGCAGUACAACUCAUACUGGAAGUGAUUCAGGUAACUCUUAUACUGGCUGCCUUUUCAGAGAAGUUUUUUUUCUUCAUGUUUUAAUUACCUCAUUUUUGUGUGUUUCUGCCAGAGUUUUCAACAGGCCACCGUGCCUUUUUUAUUAUUAUUAUUUUUCAGUUUCACAAAGGACUGGUACUUUUAUAUUAUGAAGGUGAAAAUGUGCCUUUGUAAGCUGGUUCCCUGAUACUUACUUACCGCCCGAUAUUCUUUUCAGCUUUUCUUCAGUUCAAACUCCCUUCUGUACGAGGCGCUGAGGGCUGCAGCCGCAGCUCUUGCAAAGGCAGUCAUUUGUAAUGGAAAUAAUCUUGUCUAAGUUAUGUGUUAAAUGGAUCUAAUGAUCUGUGAUCUAAUGAUGAAACCUCUUUGCAUUGUGUGGAUUUGAUGCUUCUAUCAUCUGACAAGUGCAAAGAAUGCUCAGUAUUUGACAACUGUAUUUAUUUUUCUCUUGUUAUACAUACUAAUCUGUAUAAUUUUCUCUUGAUUAAACCUGUACAUAGAAUCCAUGUUUU